AGUAAGAUCAUUCUUAUAUUGCUCGGAUUUGUCGUAUUUUGGCAUUUCAUACACUAGUUAUCUUCUGUUCAUAUACAACGUCGCGCAUUUGACACAUUGUGCUCCGGUUACCUACUGUCAUUCAUAUGGUUUCAAUGAAAACGCACAGGCUGGAUGAUUCUAUUGUUAUACUUAUAAAACAUGGUUUACAAGAUAAAUGUGUAACUGGUUUUUCAUUAAGAACACAAUGUAGUAUUGAAUUCCUAACACAAAGAUAAGACUGUAUUCGAGGUUAUAUAAUUGGCUCGUGAUGUUUUAUUAUAAUAAUGCGCUAUGCACUUCGGCAGAAGUAUACGAUGAAGUAUUGAUACGCCAGUAUCUAAAUGUAGUCGUGGGUUUUAAAGCAACAUAAUAAUGUUGGUAUGUGUACACUGUGGAUGUGUCGUUCCGACACUGUAUCACGACAGCAGUAAAGAGAGUAUUUGUUUGGAAACCUGCGAUUCUUGUGGUCAGAUAGCUGAUAAAUAUGUCGAAUGGGACAUAUACAUAACUGCUAUCGAGCUGUUUUUGUUGAGAGUUGCAGUGUUUCGUCAUUUAAUAUAUAAUUUAAAUGCUAAUCCAACUUGUCGUGGUAUUCGAAUUAAAAGAACGCGUAUGUCACGUCUAUUGUUACUGUUUGCAUCCGCUGUGGUAUUAGAUGGUUACAGAGUAAUGGUAACUUGCCGAUUUAUGGCCAUGUCGAAAGAAUGGUGUGAUAUAGAUUCACUGCAUCAACAGGAAAACGUUCUGGAAUAUAGUGGACGAUUUUUCAAAGAUUACGAAAUGCCAUCCUUAAAGGCACAUUCUGAUGCUUUCAUAAUGGAAAAUAUGACAUUAUGUAGAGGCAAUGAAUCAACUACAAAUAUUCUGCAUAAUAUAGUCCAAGCUAUUUUGGCUUCAUCCCAAAUAAAAAUUAUCAAGGGGAGAAAAGAUAUGGGACUAUGCGUCGGUGUCAAGAAAUCGCGAAGUGUAAUUGAUAGGUUUUUUCUAUUGGCACUAGAGGAACCUUCACUCACUUCCUUUGGUAACCUAACGUGUCAGCAUUUUGGAGAGUGGACUACUCUCUUGUUGUGUGCAGUUAAAUUGUUAGGAUAUUGUGCAGCCAUUGGACUAAUCCAUAAGUUAUGUAGAAAAGGACGUUUUGAGGGGAAGUCACUAAAAAAUGCUUCACGAAGUGAAAGGAAACUCUUAUUAAACGUGGAAAAUGUAUCUUCUACAAUAGAUGUGAUGCUGGGUAUACUUUUGUGUAUACAUAUUAAGGCCCUUGUUCUAAUGAUGAUUAUAUGGUAUCCAAGGCUUCCAAUAUUAGGUGCAAUAGAAAUAUAUGCCUAUUGCAGCAAUGUUUUAGCUAUCAAUGCAGCAUCAAAUUUGUCAAUAAAAACUGCAGCUGCAGGGGUAUUAUGUGGUAUAUUUGUAAAAAUAUCAAUUCAUUGUGCAUGGUUGAUGAUCCAACAUUGAAUGUGAAUAAAGCUAGACAUUCCGUUCGUGGAU